AUGGGACAAACGAGAUAUAGUGGGGGGUUGAAGACUCUGCAAUACUUUGUGUUGUGGGGAACAGUAGUCCAAUGGCAUUGCGACUCCUUUGUUUUGGCCGCCAACGAUGACAAUCAGAGACCCGAAAAUUGGUACAAGAAAUACGAACACUAUCCUCCCUAUUGCUCGAUUCCCAAAGAAAUGGAAACCCGGGCAGUACCUCCCUUGCCAGAAGUCAGUCGAAGUGUGUAUGGGGAAACCAGAAUUCAGCAUGUGAGCGCCAUCAUUCGUCAUGGGGCGAGGACGCCUUGGUCCAGCAAUGAAAAUUGUUUUCCUAAAUUUCCUGUUGAUAUCACUGACACAGAAUGGAAUUGCAAACUGACGACGAUCAUGACACCACCAAGUUCCUUAACUAUUGGUGAGGAAGAAGGGCUUGGCGAUGAUUCGAAAGGACUGGACAAUUCCUUUUUCUUGUUUGAAAAGUUUUACGAUGCCUUGCCAUACUUGAAGGACGGACUGAGCAACGAGCUCAAUGGGACUUGUCAGGUUGGACAACUACUUCUAAAGGGAUACGAACAGGAGUUGAAGAAUGGGGCGAUUCUCCGAGAUGCGUACACCUACACAUACGACACUAUGGAUCAUGAUGAGAGAAUGAGACUAAUUGAACUUUCGUUCCACGAGUUUUCUGCAUGGGAUCCGAACCAUUUGCGAUUUCGAGCGGAUGCGGAUCAGCGCACAAUCAUGUCGGGGCAAGUGUUGUUGAGAGGUCUGCUGGAAAACGAAGCAGAGGCGUACUUUCGUGACACGGGAGAGUACCCUACGAUUCCACUACACAUAGCCGAUCGAGAACGUGACAUCAUGGGGCCAAGUGCCAAGGUCUGUCCAAGGCUUGAUGAGAUUGCCAACCGAGCGAGGCAAUCAGACGAGUAUCAAACCUUCAAUAACUCGAAGGAAUCGUUGGAAGUCAAUUAUUUCCUCGACAACACCCUUGGUAGAAUGGACGAUAACAAGAUACUGGACUGUCUCAUGAUUACCAUGUGCAAUGAUCGAGACCUACCCGAUGUGAUUAAUGAUUAUGGGAAGCCAGAUAGCUGGUUUGAGAGGAUCGGAGCUUUGGACAUUGAGGAGUACAACAGGGUGAUGAAAUACAAUAAUUCAGAACACUCAAGGCUCGCAAUGGGUCCAUUGUGGGCUGAAAUGAAAGAUAUUUGGGAACUCUUCUUGAGGCGUGACAAGCGUGGAAAGAAUCCAUCUGGCGAAGACGGAACCGUUCCACCAAGAUUAGCGUUGUAUUCAGGUCAUGAUACCACGAUCAUGCCCCUUCUCGCGUCCAUUAGCCCAGAUCUAUGGAACGAUACUGAGUGGGCGCCUUAUGCAAGUAUGCUGUUGUUCGAGAUCCAUGAAUUUAUUGACUCUUGGAAUACAACCCUGUUCGAAUCUCGCUACGCCUUUCGAAUGAUUUACAAUGGAAAGGUCUUGACUGGGCAAGUGCCUGGCUGUCAUGCCGAUCUUGAACUUUGUGACCUUCAGACAUUAAUGCAAAUUAUCCAACCAUUCGCUACCCGUGCGACUGAUUGCACUUCGGGAGCGAAGCAAAAAGCUGGUUAUAUGAGUUCAGUUGCUGUGGUCAAUACCAAAAGGGGGAUAAUGAUGUUCUUUUCGCUCAUUCUCUUGGGAGCUAUCGUUGGAGCCAUCGCCGCCUAUGUCUUGGUGACUGGCAGCUUGUGUGGGAAACGAAUCCUAUCAUACACUCCCAUCGAAGAUAGUACUUCCGCACGCUUUGGUCUUCGUGAUGCACCUUCGUUUUCAGGACCGGUAGGAUUUCAAGAUGAACCUCAUUGA